AUUAGUGUUCUUGCGAUUCACAUGCUUGUAAACAAACCUUGAUUCCGACUAUAAAAAGAUUUGUCUGCAAUUACGUUGCCGAUAAAAUCAAUACAGAUUUCAUAUAUUUUGCGAAGUUUGCAAAAAUAAAUAAAGUAUGUCAUUUCAACCUCCAAGUGCUAAACAAGAGCAACAAAAUAGAAAAGUUUUAGAGGAAGUUCAACUUCAGAAAAAGAAAUUGAUGCUCAAACAGCAGGCUGCUAACGUAAGUCUAAAUAACACUCCGACGAGUUCUACUGCACCUUUAUCGCCAAGUAUUACUCCUGGUUCUAGUAGUUCUUCUAUGUCACCGAUGCAAACUACAGCGGCUCUAGAUUAUCAGAAUCUUAAUAAGAAUCAAAGAACAGCCAUGCAACAUGCACAUGCAAAUUCAUUUGCUAACUUCAUUCCUCAAGAUUCAUCUUUUGGAAAUCUUAUAUUGCCAGUUUUGCCCAGGUUCGACAAGUGAAUGCAUAUUUUUGUGCAUAGCUGUAUUUUUAUUUUUGAAACUUAAAAAGUAUGUGGUGGGAAGUUUGCCUGACAACAUCUGAAAGUCAUUUGUUCCAUUUAUCAUUUUUCAAUCCUGUACUUUAUUACUUUCAUCGAGUGUUUGUGCUUGCUUUUCACCAUUAACAAGUGCUUAUAAUUAGUACUUAUAUGGUGAUGUAUAUUCAAUGCAAUAAUAAAACUAUAGUGAUGUUAAUGUUAAAUAUCAUUUUGCAGUAUGAUAAUGCCUUUUUAACAUUUUUGUUUUGAUCCUUUUCUUGAUAAGUUAGAUAUAUCUGCAGAAUAAUCAUAAUUUAAAAUUUUAAAAUAAACUGUUGAAAAGGAAAAAAAAAUCAAAUGUCUAAUACUGAUAACUCUUAAUAAGAAACAAAAAACACCACAUUAAAAAAAAACACAUUUUAUAAUUUAAUUAGACAUUAAAAAAAAAAACCUUUAUUUAGAAGUGAAAACCUGAGCAAACGUAUUAUAUGACACCAUAAAUUUUUAAGAUAUUCUAUGCUUUUGUUUGAUUUACUAAAAUUAAACUUCUUGUUUUCAUAUUGUACUUGAACAAAAU